AUGCUGAUAAUUAUUGAUCUCAGUUAUUGCUUUUCUAAACUCUCUCGAAGCAUCGUAUCUUCUCGUAUAAUUUUCGUAAAUAAGAUGUUGCAUUUUCAAACUGUAUUUUGGGUACAACUUUUAAUUAUCAGCCUAUUCUACACUCACAAAGUAAUCAUAUCAAUGCCAAUAGCUGAAGAAUUGAGUAUUGAAUGUACAAUUCAAUGUGGAGUCGAAGCUGAUAAAUGUCAGAAAGCACAUGCAACAACACAACCACUAAUUGAAGCAUGUGUACAAAAAAUGUUUGAAUGUGUCAAACACUGUACUGGACCACCACCUGUUGAAGAUUAUUAUUAUUAUUAA